UUGCUUGCUCCCCCACCCCUCCCAUAUAAAGCAAGUAGGGUUCCCGUCUCGCUCGCCUCCUCGAUCGUCUUCUCCACCUGCGCCGCCGCAGCCUCCUCAACUCAACUCUCUUCGGCAGCGAGCAGCAGCGCCUUCCACCAUGCCGAAGCAGAUCCACGAGAUCAAGGACUUCCUCCUGACGGCGAGGAGGAAGGACGCGAGGUCGGUGCGGAUCAAGAGGACCAAGGACGCCGUCAAGUUCAAGGUGCGCUGCUCCAAGUACCUCUACACCCUCUGCGUCUUCGACGCCGACAAGGCCAACAAGCUCAAGCAGUCGCUUCCCCCGGGUUUGACUGUCCAGGAGGUUUAAGCAUCAAAGCCAGACCAUGCUGUUUGUAGCAGCAGGAUUGCUUGCUCCCGUUCGCAUUAGUAGCUAUUAGAUGCUGAAAUUUUAUCUGUCUUGAGUUUUGAAUGUAACACCCAAAGUUUAUGUGCUGAACCUUCUUCGAGUCAGAUUGCGCUGUUACUCCUUUCUGGAGAUAGCUACCAGUCGUACUGUCCCUAAACACACUGAAUUUUGCUCCAUUUCUCUCUAAUUGCUGGAGUGUUUCAUAUUUGUUCUGGAGUGUUUCGUAUUUGUUUUGAA